AUGGGACAGCAAAGUAUGGCAGCUGUGGAGAGGGCUGAGCCGUGUCGCAAGGGCCCAACCGACGUUUCCCAGGCGGAGCUGGGCGCGGCGCAGCUGUCGCUGCCCCAGGACCAGACGGUGGCCGCCCGUAUAAAACGCUCGGCUGGACACCGAGUCGCCACCAGUCUCCAAGUGUCCGCUGCCAGCAGCAAGCCGAGCACCGCAGGAGUAGCGAGUGACAUGGGCCGCACGACGAGGGUACUGGUGGCAGCAGGCCUGCUAUUGGCAGUGCUGAGCCAGGAUGGUAUGGCACGUCCUUGGGGCCACGGAGGCGGCGGAGGCGGCGGCCACGGCGGAGGCGGCGGCCACGGCGGAGGCGGCGGAGGUGGUCACGGAAAACAUCUCGGAGGAUCUGGCGGCUACGCCCACUCACACGCCUACUUCCACGGACCGGUAGCUGGAGCCCAUGAGGCUGUCCACGGCGGCGGUGGCCACGGGGGCGGCGGAGGCGGUGGUGGACACGGAGGUCACGGGGGCGGCGGCGGCGGUGGCGGACAUGGAGGACACGGUGGUGGUGGCGGCGGACACGGAGGUGGUCACGGAGGCUACGGUGGCGGCGGACACGGAGGCUACGGUGGCGGUCACGGUGGUCACGGAGGUGGCGGCGGGCACGGAGGUGGCGGCCACGGAGGCGGCGGUGGUGGACACUACACCGACUUUGUCGCCUACCCACUGUACACCUACGGUUACGACGUGUCUGACAAGCACACUGGAGACCACCACGGACAUAAGGAGGACAGAAAGGGACACAGUGUGAUUGGAGAGUACCACAUCAAGGAGCCGGGCGGCGACGUGCGCGUCGUCAAGUACAAGGCGGACAACAAGCACGGCUUCCAGGCUCACGUGAGCGGCGGCGCCGCCGGCGGAGGACACAACGACCACUCCGGCUACCACAGCGGCUGCCACGGCUGCGGAUCCCAUCACGGAGGCGGCGGCGGCGGCGGCGGCCACGGAGGUUACGGAGGCGGCGGACACGGAGGCGGCGGCGGUGGUGGUGGUCACGGAGGUCACGGAGGCGGCGGUGGCGGCGGCGGCGGCCAUGGGGGUCACUACUGA